UGUAAGGAAGAGCGGGGCGGCGCGUGUCCAGGCUGCCGGUGGCGGCGGCGGCGGCGGCGGCGAGAUGGGCGACGACAUGGACGUGAUCCCCGAGCGGGAGAUGAAGGAUUUUCAAUUCCGAGCCCUGAAGAAAAUCCGGAUCUUCGAAGCCCCCGAGGAUCUUCCCAAGGAACGUGGCAACCUGCUGGUCGUGUCCAACAAAUACGGGCUGACCUUCACCGGCUGUGCAGCCGGACUGCAAAUCUUUCAGACGAAAAACCUGCUUAUGCAGAUUCAGGCUGGAGAUUCUCCUAAUAAAAUAGUAGAGAAUGUCCAGGGUCUUUUUGUCCCAACCAAGUUUUGGGUGCAUCACUUGGCGCUCAGCUGCGAUAACCUCACGCUGUCGGUUUGCAUGGCCUCGAAUGAAGUUGGGUCUUUCAUCGGCUUUUUCGACGUCCGCACUUUUGUGAAUCAGGCUAAACAGCAAAAACGGCCAUUUGCUUAUCAAAAGAUGGCAGGGGCGCUGGUCAACGACCUUAAGUGGAAUCCGGUGAAUGCCACGAUGUUAGCUGUCUGUCUGUCCGAUGGGAGCGUCUCCGUCCUGCAGGUGGCGGAAACCGUGAAGGUGUACGCCACACUUCCUGCUUCGGUGGCCGUCACAUCCGUAUGUUGGAGUCCUAAAGGAAAACAACUGGCAGUCGGCAAGCAGAAUGGCACAGUGGUCCAGUAUCUGCCAAACCUGCAGGAAAAGAAAACAAUUCCUUGCCCUCCAUUCUACGUGGCAGAUAAUCCUGUCAAAGUCCUGGAUGUGUUGUGGAUUGGCACUUACGUCUUCACCAUCAUUUACGCCGCUGCGGACGGCAGCUUAGAAACUUCCCCCGAAGUGGUUAUGGCUCUGUUGCCGAAAAAAGAAGAGAAGAGGCCCGAGCUGUUUGUAAACUUUAUGGAGCCUUGUUAUGGGAGUUGCACUGAGAGGCUGCACCACUACUUCCUUAACUUCGUUGAAGAUUGGGAUCUGGUCUUAUUAGCUUCUGCCGCUUCCACCGAAGUCAGCAUCCUGUCAAGACAAGGGGAUCAGACUAACUGGGAACUGUGGGUGUUGGAAGACUCCAGUCGUGCAGAGCUUCCCGUGACGGAUAAAAGCGACGAUUCCUUGCCGGUCGGAGUUGCCAUUGAUUAUAGCAACAACAUGCCCAUAACUAUCAGUGAAGAUAAAACCUUGGAUCCCGCUCCGGUCUUGAUGUUGUUAUCCACAGACGGGGUGUUAUGCCCCUUUUACAUGGUCAAUCAAAACCCCGGCGUCCGAUCUCUUCUGGUGGCCCCCGAACCUCUCUCUGCAGAAGGGGAGAGAGGAGCAAAACCCACAGGCACCACCACUCCUUCAGCUGCUGCCAAGAGCGAUGCUCCCCCAGCCCCUCCGGCCCCGGGUCCCUCCUUAGUCCCAAGCAGUGGGGCCACCCCCUUCUCUUUUACAAGUCCCCCUCUCAAAGCCCCUGUCCCGGCUCCGAAUUCUUCCCUGCCUUAUCCCUUCCCCUCGGAGGCCUCGACAGCAGCGGUUCCCGGGCCCAGCACAAGCAAGGCCGCCGAGUUCUCUUCUCCCGCCACCCCAAAAGCACCACAAGUUCCCGUCUCCUCGUCCGGCCUCGUCCCGGGGUCCGCUCCGUCUUUCUCCUUCGGGUCGGUGAGCUUCAAGAGCCGCGUUGACGGGCCCGUUCCUCCCGUCGUGACAAAGCCCAGCUUUGCCCCAGCGGUGUCCUCUGUCAAGGUCAACCUCAAUGAAAAGUUUGCCGCUGCCGAGUCUGCUGCCCCUCCUCCUGCCAACACCAGCCAAGGUUCUUUGCCUUUCCUCUUUCCCGUGGCUGCAAAAUCUACCUCUGCAGGACCCCUAAACCUGGCCACGCCGCCUCCUGCCCCAAUAAAGGCUUCUACCCCGGUGACUGCUGCAACAGUGCGUCCAUCUCAGAGCGCUCCCGCAACCUCGGGCCUUCAGAAAGCUGCCAAGAUAUCCCCAGUUGCUCCGAAAACGAGCCCUUCGCAGAGUCGGCAGCAGCCUGCCGGUGUUGGAGUGGAGAAGCAGCCCUGCCAGUGGAAAGAGACGGAUCCUGUCAUCGUCGGGAUAAGAGAAGAGAUCGCCCAUUUCCAGAAAGAGUUGGAGGAACUCAAGGGUCGAACUGCCAAGGCCUCGUUUCAGGUGGGCGGCGAAGAGGAGAAGAAGAAGUUACGCGUGGAAGCCAGUGACCUGCACACUUUUCUGCUGGAAAUCAAAGAGACCACAGAGUCCCUUCACGGAGACAUCAGCCUUCUGAAGACCGAUUUGUUGGAAGGUUUUGCAGGGGUGGAGGAAGCCCAGGAGAAGGACGAGCAGGCUCAUAACUCGGAGUACUUGCGCCUGCUUUACAAGAAGCCUUUGGACCCCAAGAGCGAAGGGCAGCUUCAGGAAAUCCGUCGCUUGCAUCAGUACGUGAAGUUUGCCGUCCAAGACGUGAACGACGUUCUGGAUUUAGAGUGGGAUCGGCACCUGGAACAGCAGAAGAAGCAGAAGCGUUUAGCUGUCCCCGAGCGAGAGACUCUCUUCAACGCCCUGACAAACAACCGGGAAAUCAUCCACCAGCAGAGGAAGAGGCUGAAGAAGUUGGUAGACAGCUUGUACGAGCUCCGUCUGUACAACCAAGUCACUCCGUGGAACGGGUCCGCUCCCGUUUCUUCUCACACCAGCAUCCAAAGCUUGGAGAGUGAGCUGGAGAAUCUGAGCAACGCCUUAACGAAAGCCACGCUGGAAUCGUCCACCAAAGCUUCAUCCCCGUCAGCUGCUAAGUUGUCCCUGGUGAAGCAGGCUCAGCUAAGGAAUUUCUUGUCCAAGAGAAAACUGCCACCUGUCCGCUCGACAGCACCAGCAACUCUGUCCCAAUCGGCUUUCCUGUCUCUGAGAUACGACGAAGACCUGGAUGACAUCAGCUCCGCGUCUUCGGUCACCCCGUCCUUGGAGAACGAGGACACGGAAGCGGUGGAUCAGGAGGAAGCGGAGGAGGUGGUACCAAUCCAAGCGCCUCGUCACGCCCCGGUCGUCCGGACGCCUUCGAUCCAACCUCCCCUGUUGUCACAGCCCCUGCCUCUUGGCAAACCCCACAUCACAAUGGGCACUUUAACGUCUACCCCUAAGCCCAUCAUCCCUGGGGCAGAGAACACAAUGUUGGCAACGAAGACGGUGAAGCACCGAGCCGCCAUUUCUUCCGUCACUCUCCCAGCCCCCCAGGCUGCUGCAGAAGCUGCCUUGAGAAGACAGGUGGCGAACCAGAAUCCAGCGGCAAACACCUCCCUGACCGAAUCGACUCUGAAGAAUGUCCCUCAAGUGGUCAACGUCCGUGAGCUGAAGAGCAGUGGGUCCCCCCCGACCGUUUCUGCAGCAGCGGGGUCAUCAGUUCCUCAAAGUGCUGCUCAAGGUGUCCAUCAAGUUUUGGCUACCGUGGCAACAAAUCAAGUCAACCAGGGAACCCCGUCAAGCACCCCGAAGAUGCAGGCGCCGCCCAGCUCGGCAGCGGCAUCCAUCAGCCAGACCUCGGUUGGGAAAAAGAAUUCAGGAGCCGCAAAGACCGUCGCAUCUGUCCCCACGCCGGCGGCGACGUCCAUCUCGGCCGCUGCUUCCCAGUUCAACAAAGACUUCACGUUCGCCCCAUCGGGGGCUGGGUUUAACUUCGCUGCGGUGCCUGCUUCUGCUGCGACGCCGGCUUCUUCUGUUUUGGAAGCUACAGCCACCCCAGCAAAAGAGCCGAACCAGCCCGAAGCCUUUCCCCUUGGAGGAGGAAUGAAAUUCGCCUCUGUCCCGGAGACCCCGUUUACUUUCGGGAGUCCCAAGACCCCCAGUCUUUCUGCCUUCGGGAGAACCAGCUCCGGAGACCCUGCUGGCCUGAGCAGCAACGGACAAGCGUCUGAGACUUCCCUUCCCUUCGCGAACACCUCCAAACUGGAGAGCCUUCCCCUCAAACAAGGCGAUCCGGCAAUCCAGGCCUCGGCGGCCGGAGAGACAUUAGGCAGCUUCUCUGGACUGAGGGUCGGCCAAGCUGACGAGAACGCCAAGGCCACUCCGGCUAAGGGACCCUCCACCGGCACAGCCGCCGUGCCACAGCCGCCUGGAUUUUCGGCUGGGAAUGCUCUGUCGGCGAGCAAGCCUGCCGAGGCCAUCCCCGCCACUUUGACCACCACGGCCGGUUCGACGACCAGUGGCAUCUUCGGCAACGUCCAUUUGGUCAGUUCUGGUCCUCCCGGAAUCUUCAGUCUCGCAGCACCGGCGGGCGGUGCCAAGACUCCGUUUGCCUUCGGGGGCCCUCCGGUCAGCGCCCCCCAAGCAUCGACUUCCUUGUCUUCGGCCCCUCCGCCAUCCGCCCCGAGCCUCUCGUUCGGGGGUCUCUUGAGCGCUCCGGCCACGCCGGCUGCCCUUGCGAGUAAGGGAGAAGACGACGUCAGAACGAGCCCUCCUGAGAAGCCGCCUUUGACCGAGGGGACCACAUCGCCCACGGCACAGGUUGACCCCCAGGCGUCCGUCCUGGCCCCUGAGCAGCGUCCAGCAGAAGCGCCCCCUCCCCAUGCAGAGGCGGAAGGAGGAGGGCAGCUUGCGACUGCUUCGGAAGCGGCACCUAGCAAAGACCUGACUCCGGUCUCGGCGCCUGGCGAGCCCAAGGCUGAGGGGCUACUUCCUCCUGAGGGCCCUGCAGAAGAGCAGACGCCGGCCUCCUCAACUCCACCGGCCAUUGGUGCACAACUCACGGAAGCCACUGCCUCCCCUCCAACCACCACCGCGGGCGUGCCAGCCCCAGCCAACAGCACCUCUGCCUUUACCGAAGCAGUCCCGACCUCUUCUGGAUUCACACAACCCUCCGGACUCCCUGCUUCUUCUUCCUCUUCUUCCACCGGCUCGGCCUUCAGCCAGCCCACCACUGCGGGCUUAGCCAACCCUUCUGCUCCCCCCGUCUUCGGUCAGGUCCCCGCGGCAGCCCUCCCGGUCUCUACUCCCUUCGGUCAACCUCCGGCCACCUCUCCGUCUUCCUCGGCCGUCGCCACUGGGUUCAACACCUCGGUUUUCGGGACUGCAGCCACCUCGGGCUUCGGCCAGUCGGCCUUCGGACAAGCCCCCGUUUUCGGCCAGUCCACCCAAUCCAGCGGUUUUACGUUCAACCAGGCCGGCUUUGGAGCGACUCCGGCAUUCGGGCAAGCGCCGUCUUCCACCCCUCCGGCGUCCAGCAGCGGGAACGUCUUCGGGGCAGCGUCCAGCACCAGCACGGCCAGCUCUUUUUCCUUCGGACAGCCUUCGACGGCCACUGGACUUUUCGUUCAAAGCAGCGCUCCUGUUUUCGGCCAGAAUUCCAGCUUUGGACAGAGCGGGGCCAUCUUUGCGAGUCCGGCUUCCAUGACGACCACCACUCCGACGUCUUCGGCCGGAUUCAGCUUUUGUCAAGCUUCCGCGUUUGGUUCCAGCACCCCAAGUACCGUCUUUGGUCAAGCUGCCAACACCAGUGGGAACCUCUUCGGCCAGCCGUCCUCUUCCGGCGGGGGUCUCUUCGGAUCCGGCGGCAGUGGCGGGAGAACGGGGGGCUUUUUCAGCGGCCUGGGGGGGAAACCGAGUCACGAGGCGGCCAACAAGAACCCCUUCGGCUGUACCACCAGCGGUUUCGGGUCCUCAGCCAAUCAAAACACGUCGACUCUUUUUGGAAACAGUGGGGCCAAAAGUUUUGGAUUUGGCACCGCUUCCUUUGGUGAGCAGAAGCCGAUGGGCACCUUCAGCUCCGGUGGAGGAAGUGUGGCAUCCCAAGGCUUUGGAUUCUCCAGCCCCACCAAAACAGGUGGCUUCGGAGCUGCUCCAGUGUUCGGCAGCCCUCCCACUUUUGGGGGCUCCCCCGGGUUCGGAGGGGUGCCGGCAUUCGGUUCAGCCCCGGCCUUUGCAAGUCCUCUGGGCUCGGCGGGAGGCAAAGUGUUCGGUGAAGGGACCGCGGCGGCCAACACGGGCGGAUUCGGCUUCGGCAACACGGCAAGCACGGUCUCCUUCGGCACGCUGGCGAGUCAGAACACCCCAACCUUCGGCUCCCUCUCUCAGCAGUCUACGGGUUUUGGGACUCAGAGCAGCGGCUUCUCCGGCUUUGGGUCCAGCGGAGGAGGAUUUGGCUUCGGAUCGUCGAAUGCAUCCAAUUCUGGAUUCAGCGGCUGGAGAAGCUGAACAGGCAACGGCUCUUUUGCUGUUCUGGGACUUUCCUUUUUUUAAAUGUCGCUUCCUCCAACUUUUUAUACCGAACCAAAACACAGGAAACAAAAAAAAGAAAAAAACCUUCGCAAAAUUGCCUAUUUUUCUUUUUCUUUUCUUUUUUUUUUUUUGUUUCGUUUUGUUAAUGGAAAUGUUGCUCGGCUUCGCUAAAUAAAAGCUAUUUUGUCUGCUGGUCUUUGAA